CCCGAUUCAGGUUCAUCUGCAGUGGAUACUGCUGCUCCUAGACCUAUUUCAGUUCGUACUCGAGCAGUUAGACCUUCCAAUUCUUCAACUCAAACAACUGGAUUUGGAGUAUUUAUGGAUCUCAACACUGGAAUGCAAACACUCAAUCCAGGUAUGUCAAGUGAAAUUGUCAUAUCACUAGGGUCAGCCCUAUUGGAGCCAACAAUAUGUGAUGAUCCUGAUGCGGAAACAAGGUUUCCAAUCCCUAAUGAAAAGGCUUUGAGGAAGAAAAAAGCCAAACAACCAACUGGGGCGCCUUUCCAAUCACCAUUUCAGGCUCCAAGAAUGCAAUUUAGGGAAAGACCUUCACUAAUUGGAAAGCAUUUACAACAACACAGAGACAAGAAAGUUGCACAGUUGAUGAAUAGUCCUAAGAUCUAGAUUGAAUAGUUUAGAGUUGAAGUACUAUGUAAUCUUAUUUUGCAUAUGGGAUCAAAACUCCUUUUGGCCAUUGCUUUUGCUAUGUUUUUUUGUUAGGGUCCCGUUGUUAUGCCAUCAACUUAGUAUAUUGAAGUUAUUGUAUUCAUUUUCUGCUACUUCCACCCUUUUCUCUUCAAAA